AAAUAAUUUUAUGUCCAUAUUCUAUUUAUUAGCAUGUUAUUUUAUUAUAUGAGAAAAAUUCAUCUGGCUAGUGGUCUUUUUUUAUUUCUAAUCAUUCGGGGGCCUAAGCCAAUUAUGCAGUCUUGUGAGCAGCCGUCACCCGGUCACACUAUAUCAUUGCAUUCAUCUGUCAACUACUUUGCUAUUCAUCGAUUUUGACAGUCAGGGUUUUGUCUAAUCAAAACAGGAAAUCUUCACAACUGUAGUCCUCACAACGACCUUGUUUUUCACUAAAUUAUUUACCAAGUAGAGGUCCGCGUACUCUGUUUUAAUUCAGAUUCUAAUUAUGGAAGCUAAUGAUACUACCCAGUUGUCUAACCUAGAGUAGGUGGCGUGGGGCUGUAGCAUGUGACUUAAUAACUAAUGUAUCGCUCCACCUAAGGUAACCUAUCAUGCAAACAUUUUCAUUGCUAUUCGAUGUCAUAAAAUUUUUGUGGUUUGUCACGUAUAACCAGUCAUUUACCAUUAUGUUUCAGCACUUAUGUUUUCUCUUAAAUCAAUAAGAUUGGCUUAUGCUUUCACUAGCUGUCGUCAUUCAUAUCAUAGUAUGCUUCCAACUAGUUCGAAGAAACGACGUACGUGGGUCACUUAUUCCUUGUUGGUCCUUCCAGCUACUGCAUUCGCUUUAGGAUAUUGGCAGAUACAUAGAAGAAGGUGGAAAAUUGAUUUGAUUGGAAAACUAAACGCAAGGAUUCCUGCUAAGCCUAUUCAAUUGCCUAAGAAUGUUGACUCUAGCAUUCAGCUUCCUGAGUUCACUCAUAUCUCGGUUCGAGGUUGUUUCGAUCAUUCACGAGAAGUAGUAAUUGGACCACGCUCAUUGAUUGAAGAUUUUAUACCUUCUAAAGGCUAUGGAAGCGAAUGGGUAGUGAGAUCACCAAACAAGUAUACGCAGGCGAAUAUGGCUCGUCCAUCUGUUUCUGGUUAUUUUAUCGUAACACCAUUUUUCUUAGAAGAUAGACCUGGAACCUCCAUAUUAGUAAACCGUGGAUGGGUCCCAUAUGGUGCACGUGAUCCUACCAUUCGACCUAAUGGUCAGGUAAAGGGUGUCAUAGAACUGUCAGGUUAUAUACGGUAUCAAGAAAAGGCACCAAUUCGUAUAUUCGGUUCAAAGAUUCAACCUCUUACUUGUCUGGAUUAUGAAAAUCAAAAUCCACAUAUUCGUUAUUCUUGUCGACAAAUCGAUCAAAUGUCUAAUGAUUUGAAAACGUUACCGAUUUUCCUUGAUGCUGAUUAUGAGUCUAGUACUGUUGGUGGGCCAAUCGGUGGACAAACUCGAGUUGUUUUACGAAAUGAACAUGCAUCGUAUAUUUUCACUUGGUUCUCAUUGGGCACCAUCGGUCUGGGAAUGUGGAUAUACUUUUUCAUUUUUUAACUGGACAAAUAAAAGAA